CCCACGAGGGGAAAGUUUGUCAAGUUCCACCAUCUUACCUUCUGGGUCGGCAAUGCCAAACAGGCAGCCUCCUUCUACUGUGAGAAGAUGGGCUUCGAGCCUUUGGCCUACAAAGGUUUGGAGACUGGCAGUCGCGAGGUGGUGUCUCAUGUCAUCAGGCAGGAUAAGAUAAUGUUUGCAUUUGAAUCUCCGCUGAAUCCUGGAAAUGAAGAAAUGGGACAACACUUGAUUAAGCAUGGAGACGGAGUCAAAGACGUCGCUUUCCAAGUGGAGGACUGUGACUUCUUAAUCAAGACAGCGAGGGAGAGGGGCGCCGUGAUCGUCAAGGAGCCCUGGGUGGAGCAGGACAGCCACGGGAGGGUCAAGUAUGCUGUGGUCCAAACUUAUGGAGAUACAACGCACACAUUAAUUGAGUACCUCAGUCCCUAUAAAGGCCUUUUUCUGCCGGGCUACAAAGACCCUCUGUUCAGGGACCCUCUGUUACCCAAACUUCCACCAGGGGGUCUGAACUUCAUCGAUCACAUCGUGGGAAACCAGCCUGAUGAUGAAAUGGUGCCAGUUUCAGACUGGUAUCAGAAGUGUUUGAUGUUCCAUCGGUUCUGGUCAAUAGAUGACAAGCAGAUCCACACAGAAUACAGUUCACUGAGGUCCAUAGUGAUGACGAACUAUGAAGAGACCAUCAAGAUGCCCAUCAAUGAACCUGCACCAGGGAAAAGGAUUUCACAGAUCCAGGAAUAUGUGGACUAUAACGGGGGACCAGGUGUUCAGCACAUCGCCCUCAACACAUCAAACAUCAUUGAAGCCAUCGUGAACCUGCGCGCCCGAGGCAUGGAGUUCCUCUCAGCGCCUGACACCUACUACCACACCCUGCGGCAGAACCUCAAAACCGCCAAGAUCAAGGUGAAAGAGGACCUCGACCGUUUACAGGAACUGAAAAUCUUAGUUGAUUUUGAUGACAAGGGCUACCUCCUUCAAAUCUUCACCAAGCCUGUGCAGGACAGACCAACGCUUUUCCUGGAGGUCAUUCAGCGGAACAACCACUUUGGCUUUGGGGCAGGAAACUUCAAGUCUCUCUUUGAGGCCAUUGAGAAGGACCAAGACGCCAGGGGCAACCUCAAACUGUUGACACCCGAAGGGCAGUCCAAAGCCUUCUACUGAUCCCCCG